GCAGUGGAGGAUGAUCAGUGCCUAGAUCCCAUAAUAAGCUGAAUGCAUUGUGAUUUCCAAUAAUUGAGACAGUGAUUCUGAAAGCUGUCUACAUUAAUGAAAAGAACAAUGUAGUCAGCUUAGCAUAUUCACCUCUGGUACGUGGUCUAUACAGGGAUGUGCUUCUGCAUGUAUUCUGGGUUUAGAUAAGAAGAAAGUCUCUCAUCAAGGUAGAAUUUUAAAAAUAAAUUGUCAGUCUAUAUAAGUUGUAGGUCAUAUUUUUUGAGAUAAUGGAGAUAGAUGAUGUUUUACCCCCUCUCCCCUUGGAGCCACCUGAUGAUUUUGGCCUAGACGAGGGCAGAGCACCUCCACCACCUCCCCUGCAAACGUCCAGUGACGCAGAGGUAAUGGACGUUAGCUCUGGUGGUGAUGGAUACACAUACACCCCAGGGGACGGGGAAGCCAAGACACAGCAGGCCCUCAGCAAGGGCUCAAUAACUUUCUGUAGCCACCUCUCAGAUGAGGCUAAUCCCAACCCACCGUGCCCCAGAACAGCCCGCCACGCUCCCCCGGUCACCAAGUUUCUGCCAGACCUCAAGCUGCUCAGAGAUGUUAAGAUCAGUGUAAGCUUCACUGAAAGCAGCAGUAGCAAAGACAGGAAGGUGUUAUACACAGGUGAAGGGCAGGAGGCAGGAAGUGAGGAUGGUCUAGAGAGUGUCAAUGGUGAGUUGCAUGACUUGACUAGUGAGCAAGAGGCAGCUGAAGGUACCUCUGGAGGAGGAAACACUGCAGGCAGGGGGUCAGAGGAGACUGAGGUAGACCUGGAAAACAAGGUAGAGUUCGCUGUCCUGGAUGAGUUGGAUGACUUCUACGAGAACUUCCUGGAUCAUGACGAUGGAGAGCAAGGUGGCUUUAAGUCUGAGGUCAUAGUUCAGCAGGAGCAAGCAGAUGACGAGACUGCGACUUACUCCUAUGAGGAGGAGUUUGACAAUGACGUUGACGCUCUGCUGGAGGAGGGCAUGCCGGUCCCCAAGAAGAUGCGCCCGGCAGAGGACAAAUAUGGUGGGGACAGUGAUCAUCAGUCAGAUGGUGAAGGAGGUGUUCAGCCCAUGAUGACCAAAAUUAAGACUGUCCUGAAGAGUCGGGGCCGUCCACCCACUGAGCCUCUACCUGAUGGAUGGAUCAUGACAUUCCAUAACUCAGGCAUUCCAGUCUACCUGCACAGAGAGACGAGAGUGGUUACCUGGUCCAGACCCUACUUCCUUGGUACUGGCAGUAUUAGGAAACAUGACCCACCUACCAGCAGCAUCCCUUGCCUGCACUACAAGAAAAUGAAGGAACAAGAAGAGAAGGAGCUGAACGGGGAAGUGACUCCUAACGCACAGGAGUCUCCCUCCAAGCCGGGGGAAGAGGCGAAUGGUGAAGAGACGGCAGGAAAGUCAGAUGCUACCACUGAGGAGCAGGACGCCGCCCAUCCCGCCUGUCUCACUGAAGGUGGCCAGCAAGGAGAGGCUACCACUGACAACAAUGUGCAGAGUAAAGAGUCCCAGCCCUGUGACACUGCUCAAGGAGCCUUAGGGCAGGUGAAGGCCAAGGUGGAGGUGUGCAAGGAUGAGUCCAUAGAACUUGAAGAUUUUCGUCUGUACCUGGAAAAAUGCUUUGACUUUGAACAAGUUACUGUCAAGAAGUUUCGCACGUGGGCUGAGCGAAGACAGUUCAACAGAGACAUGAAGAGAAAGCAGGCAGAGUCAGAGCGACCUAUCCUGCCUGCCAACCAGAAACUCAUCACACUGUCAGUCCAAGAUGCUCCUACAAAGAAAGAAUUUGUCAUCAAUCCCAACGGAAAGUCUGAAGUUUGUAUCUUGCAUGAAUAUAUGCAGCGUGUCCUAAAGGUUCGACCUGUUUACAACUUUUUUGAAUGUGAGAACCCAAGUGAACCCUUUGGAGCGUCAGUCAUUAUAGAUGGAGUAACUUACGGCACAGGAACUGCAAGCAGUAAAAAACUUGCCAAGAAUAAAGCUGCUCGAGCCACACUGGAAAUCCUCAUCCCUGACUUUGUGAAGCAGACCUCGGAGGAGAAACCUGUCGAGGGUGACGAACUGGAGUAUUUUAAUCAUAUCAGUAUAGAAGACUCAAGAGUGUAUGAGCUGACCAACAAAGCAGGACUACUUUCGCCAUAUCAGAUUCUUCAUGAGUGCCUUAAAAGAAACCACGGAAUGGGGGACACCAGCAUUAAAUUUGAGGUGAUCCCAGGGAAAAACCAGAAGAGUGAAUAUGUGAUGAUAUGUGGGAAGCAUACUGUGCGUGGCUGGUGCAAGAACAAGAGGGUUGGCAAACAGCUAGCAUCUCAGAAGAUCUUGCAGAUGCUUCACCCCCAUGUCAAGAACUGGGGCUCACUGCUGCGCAUGUAUGGCAGAGAGAGCAAUAAGAUGGUCAAGAAGGAGAGCUCCGACAAGAGUGUGAUCGAGCUCCAGCAGUAUGCCAAAAAGAACAAGCCAAACCUUCAUAUCUUGAACAAACUACAAGAAGAAAUGAGGAAACUGGCCACACAGAGGGAGGAAACAAGGAAGAAACCCAAGAUGACCAUAAUGGAGUCUGCCCAGCCAGGGAGCGAACCCCUCUGCACUGUCGACGUUUAAAGUCUCUGAAUCACUGACGAACCACGGCACUGAAACCCAGUCACUGUCAGACAUCACACCACCAUUUAUCACUUAAUUAUGCAUCACUGAGAUCUAAUGGCAAUAUAGUACCACAUUGACCGGGCCAAUCGAAAUGCUUGCUUCCUUUACCUGCAUUUUAUUGGUUCAGCUGGUAGAUGUAAGGGUAGGACUAAAUGCACUAACGGACCGUAGAGCAAAUAUCGUCUACCUCUCUAGAUGCGUCCUCGCUAUGGCACUAGGAAAAAAAAGAAAGAAAGAAAGAAAAAUCCCCCCCCCCCUCCCUACAGGGUGCAGAGAAGUUACAUGACUUGAUAACACAUGAACCACAUCACAGUAAAAAUGCAUGCUUCUUUAACUGCGAAAACCACUGCACACAUUGGUUUUGUUUUGAAGUGUUGUUUUCAACAGUGGCAGUCUUAUAGUACCAGCACCUGUUAAGUUUUGUUUGUGCUUCAAGUAUUUGAAAGGGACUACUAAUACUUACUUGUAUUUAUACCAUUCAUUUCUAAUUGGGGAAAUAAAGUUCCUUGUUUAUUGGGUAUUUUAAUGGUAGGUGUUUUGGAUAUUUUGGGUGAUAAAUACAAAUAUAUGCCGUUUUUGUUUAUCCUCAGAAUGGACAGUCGCUGUCUUGGUUUGCACGAUAAGAACAUGCGUUGUGAGGUGAUCACUAUUCGGAACCAUUGUUAUGCACUCGUGUCCUGUCAGAUAUUUUCGUUGAGUGAUCAUGCUGUUGGUACAGAAAUAACUGCUUUUGGGAUAUUUGGGUUGACUUUUGUAUUUGGAGGGUCUCGUUGCCUUUUUUUUUUUCAUUUGCUUUGGCAGUACAAGAAACUGAUGUGCUGACACUGCAGUAAAUCUAAGCACAGGGCCACAGAGUACUGUAAUAAUGUUGAGGAUCAUUUCAUUUAUCCUCUUUAGUUCUCACUCGCUUUAUAUUAAUAAUGUACUAACACCAUGCAAACAACUAACCGCUUAACACAUUUUAGUUACUUCUUAAGUUUUGGUGCCCUUAAGAAAAUCACGUUGGUUACAUGUUGCCUUAGUUAAUCCAUUUCAUGAAGGGCUCAGAGUAUAUACAGUACAUUGGACCUAAAACACCCUUCAGCAAGAAGUGGAAAGACCAAGCCCCAUUUACUUGAUAAAGCAUUUAAUGUUUAGGCAAUUAGUAUUUUUAAUGAAGACAGCCUAUAAAACAUGACACUUAGGGAAAUAUGCCUACAGCAUGUGCAGAUUUUUAAGACUCGUCUUUAUGGAUUGUGUAUUUUGUGUACGUUUGCCAUCAUUGUGACAGUUGAUCGUACUGUCUGACCACAAGUAGAAUACAUUUUUCCAAAGGCAGCCUUGUAAAAAAAAUUAGUUGGUACUGACGUGAACAAAAUGCGAUCAAGUCAUUUAGUCCGACACAAGCUGACGAAACUGUGUAUACCAAAGCUUACAUACAGUCUUAUGCAUUUUAUAGAAUACUUAAUGUUGCUGCAAACUGUACAGUAGAGACAGUAAUAGAUGUAUAACAGGAAAAUGCUUAUCACUUGCUGGAACAAAAUAGAAACUGCUGUGCAUUCUCUAUCGAGUAUUUGGCCUGUGCUUUUUCUACAAAAAAAAAAACAUACAAGGACACAUCGGUUUCAACAAGGCUCUUGUGAUAGUGUAGAUCGCUUUAAGAAUGUGCUUACCCUUCUGUGCGUGUGUUGUCUUGCCAAGUGUGUGUCAGUGUGAGAAGAGGGGAAAAAAAAAUACUGCUUUUAUGUGUUGCCGUUGAGUUGUACCAAUGAAUCGUUUGAAAUGUUGCUGCCUAGAAAAUGAAGUACGUAUUGCAACCUGAGCUCCAUGACUACAGUGAUAUUUGUUAUGCAAAAUAAAAUGUCUUGACUAAUGACUA